AUGGCGCUCGUUUUCGACAAGAUAAUUCUCUUCGGAGACUCUAUCACACAGCUGGCCUACAACCAGGAAUUUGGUUUCUGUUUCGGGCCAGCAAUGCAAGAUGAUGUCAUACAAAGAGGAUUCGGCGGUUACACCUCAAGCCACGCCGCUAUCAUAAUAGAUCGUUUGAUUGAGCAAGAAUCAGCGGGCGCAUCUAAGAUCAAGCUUGUGGUCGUAUUCUUUGGCACAAACGACUCUAUCGUUCCCGAAUCCGCAUCCAACAACUCCGUGCCCGUGGAAAAGUUUCAAGAUAAUUUACGAAAUAUCGUUUCCGCAGCAGGAAAAGUAAGCGCAAAAGUGGUUCUCAUCGGACCCGGCCCAUUUAACCAUCAACAAUUCGAUGAUGCGCUAGGUCAUCAGUUUGAGGUCGACAGGACGACCCAUCGAGCUCGUGAAUACUGCAAUGCUACGGUAGAUAUUGGAAAGGAACUUGGUGUACCUACAGUGCCAAUGUGGGAUCUCAUUAUGGAAGAAGUGGGUUGGAAGGAGGGAGAUCCAAUUCAUGGGUUGCCUGAGCUUCCCGCUGUCAAUCCUUUGAAUGACUACUUAACUGACGGUCUACACUUCUCCGGCCCGGCUUACAAGGUACUUUUCACGAAUGUGCUCAAAACAAUUAAGCAGUCCUAUCCGGAACUUGACCCUGAAAAUCUUCCAGAGCAUUUGCCGACGUGGGAUCAGCUUACUACUUCACAUGAUGCCCUGAGAAAGGCCGUAGAAUGA